AUGUAUGGGGCCGGGCAGAUAGUGGAAACACAUCUGUUCAACGGACCAACAUUCGGUGACAUUGAGCUUGGUCUGAGUGCACGCGGCGUCAGUAGUAAUGCAAUGGUGCUGUUGGAAGUGCGCUCAGUGGCAAAUCUCAUCUACAGAUCAGCACCAGACUUCAGACCAAGCAUCUAUGUGAAGGCAUACCUGCAAAGUGACGAUGGCACUAAAGUUCACAAACGCAAGACAAAGGGUCGGCAGGGUCGUGACAAUGUGAUUUUUGACGAGGUCCUCAUGUUCCGCUCCCAAGGACUAGAUAAAAUAAUGAAGGUCAUGGUUUGGGAGGAUCAUGGUGUUCUUGGUCGUAACGUUAUGCAAGGCGAGGUGCUGGUGGACUUGUCACUCCUUGACCUACGCACUGGUAGCCAUGCCUGUUAUCCACUGUUCGCCCCCUACUCAUCGUCGACUGCCAAUCUGUCGCCAGCAGAGUCAAUGAUGUCAUUGUCAUCAUCCUUCUCUACUGAUCCCGGUGGACAGAGUCCACGCAAGUUAAUAUCGGGUGGAUCACAGCAUUCCAUCAAGAAGAAAGGCUUUCGCAAGAGCCUUCGCUGA